AUUCAAUUUGUGAAAAAUGGAAAGUUUAUUUUGUCACUAGUUCGGUAGUUUUUGAUUUUCGGUCUUCAAAAAGAGAACAAGUGUUUCAUUUUUUUUUUACAGAAAUGUUAUAGAUAUUUUGUGGAUUAGGUUAUGGGUUAUAAUAAUAUAAUGUACUUCUUUCUAUUACCAUAGUGAUUUUGUUAUUGCUUUGAAUAAGUAAUAACCUCAAAACGAUGGCAUCAAAAUUAACUAAGAAAACGCUUAAUUUAAAACAGUUCCUUUUACGGCAAGAAGUCCUAAAACUAUACAGAGAGGUUUUCAGAACAAUAAACAAGGUACCAGAUGAAAGUACUCGCUUGGAACUGAAAGAAUGGGCCAGGGCAGAUUUUAGGAACAACAAACAUCACAGUGAUGAGACUGCAAUCAAAUCUAUGUUACACUACGGAAGGAAAUCAUUAGAAGAUUUAAAAAAAUCACUUGCACUGAGUGAUAGCUGAGUGAUGUUAUUGAUCAUUGUUGCCACUUUAUUUUGUAAGAAUAAUUUAUUAUCUACAUUACUUGAUAUUCACAUCCAGGUGACUGUUUCAACUCAAAAACCAACUUUUUUAAAAACUAAGAAAAACAAAUUUUGGAUAAUCUACUAGAGCUACAAGAAAAAAUUAAAGUUUAAGAAAUAAUAAGUUUUUGGAAUAUAUAAGUAUCAACUGUGGAAUCAACUCCCAUUAGCUGUGUCCCACUAGAUUACAGCAUGGGGUUAUUCAAGGGGUGGACCAACAAAUUCCUGAAAGGCCAGCAAAGCAUUGACGGUUCCUCUGGUGCUGCAAAUGUUCAUGGCAGCAGUAAUCACUUAGCAUCAGGUGACUCGCCUGCUCGUUUGCUCAUAUUUAUAUUAAAAAAAACAGUUAAGUACUAGAGUUCCAUUCCCAUACAGAUAAAUGGGACAAGGAUCAGAAACUGAGGUUAUCUUAAAAGGCCCGAUUUUGAGUUGGGACAGUUCUGCUGUGUGAUUCUAACUAGUCAGUGGUAUAUAUGGCCUUUCCAAAGGAUCCAUUGAUUUGAUAGCCUGUUUUUAUUCCACACACCUAGAUUGGGAUGAUUUGCUUCAACAUUGAAUGAUAGUCACUAAGCUUGUUUGGCAUUUAUUUUCAAUCUAUUGAAGGUUUUCUAUGAAAAAUUAUUUUACUAACACUCAGUGAAGCAGCUAUGUAGAACCAACCAAUGUCAAAUGAGUUUUAUGGCUAUCAUUCAGUGUUGAUCACUGAGUAAGCGUAUCACUGCGAUCUGAGUUAUGGACUAAACAGGCUAUUAAUGGAUUCUAUGUAAAAGCCAUAUGAACCACAGAUAAUAAGAGUAUUAUUUAUAAUUUAGUUAGUUUGAUGGUGGAAACCCCCGUUUUGUAUAUAACUUUAGUUACAUGGUAUUAAAACUAGUUUGUUUUCAUUUUUAAUGUUGUCAAUGUUGUUAGUUAGAUGUACAUAAAAAAGAAGUCUCGUACUUAUAUGAAAAAUAAAAAAUAUUACCAAAGUA